AUGGAAAGUGAAAAUGGUGACAAUUUGGCUAUGCUCAGUGGAUCAUGAGCAUUCCUUAAUAGUGAGAAUAUAAUGAAUGGAGAUAAAAAAUACGAGGAAAAUAAUUUUUCAUGAUCCUCCAAUAUUCGCAACAGAAAGUGGAAAAAUCCCUAGGAUAAUCAUCCAGCAAUUGUAAUCAACCAAACAGUUGCUGGGUCCCGAGAUUCUCUUUUGCAUUAUAGUGGCAUAUAAAAUCUUUUUAAAAAUACAGUAGAAUACAGCUGUAUGAGAAAGAGAAAAUGUGAUUGAGAUAUUUUUUAAAUUUAUUAGUUAAAAUAAAGUUAUUACUAGUACUAGGAUAAAAAAAAAAUACUGGUGAACCAGCUUUUUGUUUAUUUUUAAUUGAUAUUUUAGUUAAUUUUAUUUAUAAUAUUUCAUAUAAUUAAUUCAGUCUCGAUACAAAUCAAGUUCUAUUCGAUUGUGAGGGGAGUAACUAUGCUCCAGUCACCAGGCAGAAAGACGGUGAAAAAGAAAAAGUACACCACUGGAUUCUCUUCGCUUGAACGACACUUAUACCUCAAGAGGUGGAUACAUAAACCACGAUCAGUAAUUGACAAGACUUUCUUAGAUAGCACAAAUAUGGAUAAGGAUAAGUUGUUAGAUAAUAUUAAUUUACUUAAGUUACAUCGUGUUUAUGGACGAUAAACAGAGAAACGAUGGGCAGCUUAGUCAUCUGCGGUACGUAAAAACUUUGGUUGACCAAUUGAGAAGAGAUUUCCACCGGACUCGUAAUCGAGUUUCUACAUCGAUCUCCAGUUUCAAUGAAAUCCUAAAAGAUAUCAAACAAUAUGUUAUACGUUACUGUGAUAUGUGUCCCGACAAGCCGAAAAUCCAUCUUAGCGAUUGUUUUAUAAAAUAUCAUACAAAACAAAUAUAG